UCCCGCUGAUCAACAGAAGCAGUCGCUCUUCAGCCGGUGCGUCAUGUGGCUCGACAUCGGAUAGGCAGGUUUACGACAACAUGGGCAUAUGCUUGGAUACAGAGAGAGACCAAAAUGACUCAGACGAGUUUGAAGAAUCCGGAGGGAGAGAUCGGUGGCUCAGCGGUAACACGGCCAACUACAGGUUCACGAGGACGCCCCCCGAGGGUCAGUUCCCAUCUCAAAACGGAGGCACCGUUAAGUUCGAAGCCCCUAAAGUGCCCGUUUUAUUCGUACUUGGUGGACCUGGUAGCGGAAAGGUGACACACUGUGAUAACCUGAUGCAGGAGAAGCGAGGCAUCACCCACAUCAACAUGACUGAUUUAUUGCAACAAUACUCAAUUGACCCUGGGACCAUUGGAUCUGAAAUGAAGGACUUCAGCCAACUUUCGAGUAAAACCGUGACUGAAGUCUUAAUGCUUGAAAUGAAAAUGUCACCGGCAGCGAAGACGUUCUUGAUUUCCGGCUACCCGAGGAACAUGCGAGACGUAGUGGAAUAUUCAAAUAAAAUCCAAAUCGUCAACGGAGUCGUACUGAUAGCCUGGAGACAGAGGGUGCUAGAAAGGCAGAUAGACUACGGAGCCAAAUUGGGCCACGUUGUGCUCAGCUUGGCCAAAAUGGAGCUCAAUAAUUUCUAUAAAAACGUCAUGCCAGUCGCUGACUAUUUCGACCAAAGGGGCAUGGUGAUAGCGGUGAACGGUGAGCGGAACCCGGCGGAGGUGUACGCCGACUUCCGCACGGCAGUCAUGAGGAUCGUCGGGAGCCAGGAUGGGAGGAAGACGGCCAACGGGGCUGCACCCAACGGAAACAUAACAGCCAGGCCACCGACGACCGUCGCCUCCGUCUACCUUCCACCUACGAAAGGAUAUCCGCCAGUUAUUUGGGUCGUAGGCGGACCGGGUAGCAACAAAUGGAGCUUAUGCCAAAAAGUGGUACGGAGGGCAAAUGGUUGGGUUCACCUAAGCGUAGGGAGACUCCUCAGAGUGGCAUCAGAGCCCACGGAUCCGAGGCAAGCUGCAGAUUCGGGGAUGAUUAUGCAGCACAUAGCAUCAGGCCAUUUAGUCCCGCAGGCUGUCGCCCUCCAGCUCGUCGAGUCUCAAAUGACUACGAACAUGAACGCACAAGGGAUCAUCAUGGACGGUUACCCUAGAAACAUGGAACAAGUGAAACACUUCGAAGAAAAGUACAAGCAACAGCCGAAAGUGGUCCUGUUGGACUGUUCCAAACUUCAACUGGGAAGAGGAAGAGUUGACGACAGUGUGUCUGCUUUUAGGAAAAGAUUGGAGGUAUUCAGGGAGCAGACGCUCCCAAUGCUCAAGACCCUUGACGAAGAAGGCAGACUGCAAAUUGUCGACGGUGAUUCGGACCUUCCAGAAGUGCAGGACGAAUUCGGCAGUAUCAUACUUGGCGAGGUGGACAGGCUGCGUAAGGCCAACGGCCUCAUCGUGCCGGAGACUGUGGCCAACGGAGAUUACGAAAACCUUCUUCAAGACCUUGAGUCGGAAGACGAGGGCAUCAGCACAAUCAGCAAAACUGUCGCCGCUUACAACAACAUCAACCAAGGGCGGGACAGGCCGUCCAGGGAUGCUAUCCGCGAUAUGUACGCACAAGUCGAGACCUACCGUCUCGAUUCUAACAUGUAACAGUUUUAUCAAGUUGUAAUAUUUUAUCAUUUUCAGAUUCUCCUAAGUUCGUUCAUUUGGACGCUGAUAUGUAUACUUUGGUUUUAUUUGUAACAUUUAGGUUGAGUUUUCAUUUGGGAUUUUUUCCCAUACUUUAAAUUCAAGUCCUGCAUUGACUUUAAGGAGUUUCCGGUGUUACAGAAUCGGCCCGUGAAAUAGAUUAUUGUACUUCGGCGUUGUGAUAAUUGAUAAAGCUUAGUAGUCGAUUUAUAAUGGCCUACGGAAUAUUUAAUAACUUAAAAGUUUCGGUUGGGAAGAAAAUUAUUUUUCUAUAAUGUAAAUAUUUUCUUAGAGUGUACUAUACAAAUAUAUUAUCGUUAGUUUGUUUGUUUAAUAAGAAAAAUUCACAGUGUAUUCAAGAGUUCACAACUUCUAACUAAAACGUAACCCUUAAAAAUUGAGCCUAAUUUGGUAAAUGUAGUUCAUUAUAAGAUAUUAUUAUUAUUAUAUAAUAAGAACCUUAUGUAAGUACUUGAUAAGUAAGUAAAUCAAAAAAGUGCCUUUCUUUGUUACAGAAAAUUAUAAUUCUGGUUUAUAAAAGUUACCACCUUAUAGUAAUUAAAUGUUGUUUGAAAUUCAAAGUAUAUUUGAUAUUUUUUAUGUAAAAAACGUUUUCCCAAUACAAAUAUUGCUCAUGCGUUACUGUUUCAAGUGAAUUAAAGUCGCACUGUCAUACAUGAAAAUGUAACGAGUCAUUAUUGAUAUUGCUAUCGUGUACACUUAUCAUUGUAUAAAUUUUAUUAUGAAUUUAUUUAAAUGGAAUAAUUUUAUAUCAUGUAAACAGAUUUAUGUACUCGUUUUCAAACAGUUAUUUGUUAAAUUCAUGGCUUUGGAAAAUUAGUAUAGAGCUUAUGACCAAUUUAUGUAUUGGAGUGUAACUAAAUUUCCAAAACUUUUAAAUGCAUUUUUGAGUGUUUACACUAUAAUUUCAAUAAGAUAAAAAUUAUUUUGACCAAAUAGUUUCUAAAAAUAAGAGAGAUUUGUAUUUUCUGAUGUAUCGUCUACGUGGUUGUACGCAAUCAUGA